AUGGAGGCCCAGAACGCUGCGAAGGAAAUCUUCGACGAGAAGUGCGAGAUAGCAUCCGAUGAGGAGUCGUGGUCGGCCGAGGAGGAGGCGUGUGUGAGGAGGCAGUUGGAUUGGAGAUUGUUACCGCUGUUGGCGGUGCUUUAUAUGCUUUGCUUUAUGGACCGGUGGGUCAGAGGGAAACAUCUGUGGCUGGGAUAUAGCCCCGCUAACUUGCCCCCACGGGGAACACAGAGCAAAUAUCGGGUACGGCGGUGGUAGCGGCGAGUUGUACGGUGCGCGGUCGCUGAUGCGGGUGGAUAUAGGAAUGCACGGAUCCAGGGAAUGCAGAAGGAUCUAGAUCUUGCUGGGUUUAGGUUCAAUUGGGCGUUGACCGCGUUUUAUAUUCCCUUUCUUCUGUGGGUUCUCUAGCCACAGUAGCCUGGGUAGGCGGUAACUGACCCCAUAUGGCCGAUGUUAAAGGAUCGAGAUUCCGAGCAAUAUAUUACUCAAGAGGAUAGGUAUCCUAACAUGAAUGCUUUGGUUACCGACAAGGAGUUAGUAGGCUAACUUCUCAUACAGGUCCAAAGAUCUACAGUGCUUACCACCCCCUACCCCCAUCGUUACUGCUAGCCACCGAAACUAACGGCAGGGAAAUCUAGUCCCCGCCAUCAUAGUAGCCUUCGGCAUUGUGUCAAUUGGGACUGCAUUCGUGAAAGAUUUCCAGCAACUAUGUGUGGCUCGUGCAUUCCUGGGUCUCGCAGAGGGUGGAACCAUGCCCGUAUUCUUCUCCUUCCCUUUCGCCCGUUCUACUAGUGCUAAUGGAACCAGGGGAUGGCGUUCUUCAUGAGUUGCUUUUACAGGCGUGCCGAGCUGCUCUUUCGGGUGGGGCUCCUUGCCUCCGCUGGCUCGCUCGCUGGUGCUUUCGGGGGAUUCUUGGCUACGGCUUUGUCGUAAGUUAGUACGAGUCCGGGGGGUGCUAGAUGGCCGGGGCUGAUGUGGUGAAUGUAGUCGGAUCCCUGAAUGGGGUGUUAAAGGGUCCGAGGUGCAUACGUCCGUACCCCCCCCCCCCCCGGAUGAGUCAGGGACACGGGCAAUAACUAUAGCUUAGGUGGAGAAAUAUCUUCUUCUUUGAAGGCAUUGUGGGAAUUCCCUCUACCCCCAUCCGGACAAACCCUUCUGACGGAGCUUCUGUAGAUAACAUUCGGAAUCGGAAUCCUGGCGUACUUCCUCAUGCCCGAGUCUCCGCAGAAGUGUAUGUUUCUGAGCGAGCGACAGCGCUGGAUCGCGGCGGAAAGGAUGAGAAUUGAACAUAAAGAGGUAGGAGUUGUCUUUCAUCGGGGUAGGCAACACACAACUGAUGGCCAUAGCUCACGAGUGAGAAAACUGAAUUGUGGCAUGUGAAGAGAGCAAUUUUCAACAUCAAUAAUGUAAUUUGUUGUAUGGGAUUUUUCUUCUGCAAUAUUACGGUGCAGAGUUUCUCUCUAUUCCUGGUUGGUUGAAUGUUUUUCUCCUAGGCAGUGAUAUCAGACUAACUUAAUUUCAGCCGACAAUCCUCAGUGCACUGGGAUGGAGGGCAACAAAGGCUCAGGUAUCUCUCCCUCUCCUCCCUCACCCCCCCCUCCACUUAGCUUCCGCCAUUGCUAAUAUCCGUAGCUCCUCACUGUUCCUCCUUACAUCGUAGCGUGCUGCUUCUCACUCGCCAUAGCCCGGCUCUCGGACCGCUAUCGAAGACGUGGCAUCCUUGUUCUCUUCUGCUCAAUGCUAACGCUCACGGGAUACGCGAUUCUUGCCAGCGUGGAUGAAGCGAACAUCAAGUACAUGGCAGUGUUUUUCGCAUCGAGCGGUUCAUUCCCGCUUGGUGUGACAUUUUUGAGUUGGGGGUUGAACAGUAUGUUUUCCUCCUAGAUGCUAACUUGCUCGGGCGCGGUGGUGCUAAUGACGAUGGGAGCGGUGAACAGAUGCAGCGGGGCCUUCGAUCAGAGCUGUAACAGGAGGGUAUAUUGUGAGCAUAGGAACAUGCGGUGCACUUGUGGCGACGUAUGCUCUGCUACCCCCACGUUUAUCACAGCGAAUUAAAUGGACGACAUAGAUGGACAUAUGUCCCUGCCGAUGCACCACGAUAUGUCCGAGGGCAUUCUAUCAACCUUGGCAUUAUCCCCCUCCCCAUUACUAUAUCAUUUAGAGCUAACGGCUUCUAGGCGGUGAAGUCUGCGUGGCACUGAUUGGUGUAUUGGGUAUCCUCUACGCUCGCCGAGAGAACGCCUUACGGGAAAGAGGGGGACGGGAUAGCCGGCUGGUGGGGUUAACGGAGGAGGAAGUGCAGAAGCUGGGCUAUAGACAUCCGGAAUUCCGAUAUAUCGAG